AUGUCUGAAAAUCAGGGCGCCGGCCAGGGUCAGCAACAGCAGGAUGGUAACAAUUACUAUCAACAAUACUACCAGAACUACGCUGCUCAGCAGGGAUACCAAGGAUAUCAGGGGUAUAAUGGUCAACAAGGAUACCAGGGUUACAAUGCCGGACAGCCAUACCAGCAGCAGCAGCAGCAGCAAUAUUCACAGUAUCAGUCAUAUCAGCCGCAACAGCAAUUCCAACAGUAUCAGGGAGCUGAUGCACAAUAUGGUGGAUACCAACAAGGCUACCAGCGCGACAACUACAAGGGCUAUAACCAGGGCUACGGCGGCUACAAUCAGGGCGGAUUCAACGCUCAACCACAACAGCAACAGGGCAUGACUCUGGAAGAUUUCCAGAAGCAAAAACAGCAGCCUGCUGCCAAGCCUAAGAAAACGUUGAAGCUGGUUUCGAGCUCGGGUAUCAAGCUCGCAAAUGCCACUAAGAAGGUGGAUGCCAAGCCAGAGGAGAAGAAAGAAAAGGCAGAACCAGGGAAGAAGGAGGAAAAGAGUGCGCCACCAAAGGAGGAUGUAAAGGCUGAGUCUAAGAGCGAGACGGAAACUGCAGCCAAGAACGAAGCUAAGAACGAGGAAUCUUUGCCCGAGGUUGAAAAACUCAAGAUCGAAGAAGAAUCCAACGCUGUGAACAGUGCCGAUGCUCUGAUCAAGGAGCAAGAAGAUGAAGUUGAUGAGGAAGUCGUUAAGGACAUGUUUGGCGGUAAGGAUCACGUUUCUAUCAUUUUUAUGGGCCAUGUCGAUGCCGGGAAGUCCACAAUGGGUGGUAAUAUCUUGUAUUUGACCGGCUCUGUCGAUAAGAGAACCGUCGAGAAAUACGAAAGGGAGGCUAAAGACGCCGGUAGACAGGGUUGGUACCUGUCUUGGGUCAUGGACACUAACAAAGAGGAGAGAAAUGACGGUAAGACGAUCGAGGUUGGGAGAGCAUAUUUUGAAACGGAAAGCAGACGUUACACCAUCCUGGACGCUCCGGGGCACAAGAUGUACGUCUCAGAAAUGAUCGGAGGUGCUUCCCAAGCAGACGUUGGUAUCCUAGUCAUUUCAGCAAGAAAGGGUGAGUACGAAACUGGUUUCGAGAAGGGUGGCCAAACACGGGAACACGCUCUACUGGCUAAGACGCAGGGUGUUAACAAGAUGAUUGUGGUGAUUAACAAGAUGGAUGACCCAACUGUCAACUGGUCAAAGGAACGUUACGACCAAUGUGUCAAGAACUUGAGCAAUUUCUUGAAAGCAAUUGGUUACAACGUCAAAGAGGAUGUUGUAUUUAUGCCCGUUUCCGGAUACAGUGGUGCUGGUUUGAAGGACAGAGUUGAUCCAAAGGUUUGUCCAUGGUACGAAGGGCCAUCACUGCUGCAGUACCUAGAUAAGAUGAGCCAUUUGGACCGUCGAGUCAAUGCGCCAUUCAUGCUGCCAAUCGCCGCAAAAAUGAGAGACAUGGGUACUGUCGUUGAGGGUAAGAUUGAAUCUGGUCACAUCAAGAAGGGUCAUUCAACGCUAUUAAUGCCUAACAAAAUAAAUGUCGAAAUUCAAAACAUCUAUAAUGAAACCGAGAACGAGGUGGAUAUGGCCAUUUGUGGUGAACAAGUUAAAUUGAGGAUAAAGGGUAUCGAGGAAGAAGACAUUUCAGCGGGUUUCGUAUUAACAUCUCCAAAGAAUCCAAUCAAGAACGUCACUAGGUUUGUCGCCCAAAUCGCGAUUGUGGAACUAAAAUCGAUCAUGUCAGCCGGUUUCUCAUGUGUUAUGCAUGUCCACACAGCUAUCGAGGAAGUUACAAUUACGAGACUGCUUCAUAAACUAGAGAAAGGUACAAACCGUAAAUCGAAGAAACCUCCUGCUUUUGCGAAGAAGGGAAUGAAAAUUAUCGCCGUGGUGGAGACAGAAGAGCCCGUAUGUGUCGAGACCUACGAAGACUACCCUCAAUUAGGUAGAUUCACAUUGAGAGAUCAAGGUACCACCAUCGCCAUCGGUAAGAUUGUCAAAAUUUUGGACUGA